AUGCGUGAUUUACUGAUUCCCGAGAAAUACACUUAUACGGUGGCUGGAGAUAAAUUUCUCCAAUUCGACAGCUGUGCUUCAGAUAAUAUAAUUAUUAUCUUUAGCACGCAAAAGAAUUUGGAUUUGAUGGCGACAUGUGACCAUUGGUACGCUGAUGGUACAUUUAAAACGUCACCGCCAUUGUUUAAGCAAGUUUUUACAAUACACGCGAUUAAGUAUAAUAACGUUCUGAAAACGGUUUACUCACUGUUGCCGGAUAAAUGGCAAGAUACGUAUUCGAGUGUAUUGUAUAAACUGAAGCUGCUUAAACCAGGGCUGUCUCCAGUCAGUGUUAUGACCGAUUUUGAAAAUGCCCAGAUAAAUGCUUUUUCCCAUAAUUUUCCAGAUAUCAGGAACAGAGGUUGUUUUUUUCACUUCAGUCAACGCAUUUGGAGAAAAAUUCAGACAAUCGCUGACAUUCGAUCCAAAUACGAGGAUAAGGAUGAUCUGGAUUUUGCAUUGAACGUGCGAAAGUUGGCCGCUCUUGCAUUUGUUCCAGAGCCUGACGUAGUUGAUUGUUUUGAAAGACUCCUCCGGACAAAAUUUUAUACGGAUAACGAAGACCUAAUGACAGAUUUGGUAGAUUAUUUUGAGUCCACGUGGAUUGGAAAGCCCCGACGAACCGGCCUUGCCAGAAUGCUUCCUAAAUUUAAGCUGAGCCUCUGGAAUUGUUACGAGGCAUCGUUGAAUGACCUACCCAAAACUAACAACGCAGUUGAAGGCUGA